GCAGGGAGUGGGCCGAACUGCGGGCCCAGCGUCGUUUCAUUGGUUUCAUAGUUUAUAUAAUACAUUUCCAUCUGCAGUGUUUAAUCACAUAACAUGCUUUGCGCUAUCAAGCUAUGAGUAAUAUCGGGCCAAUGGCACAGUGUGGAGUAUAACAGCCCACAGCAUAGGAUGCAAAUAUCUAAUGGAAGUAGAUGGCGUCCUGCGUAUUUGUGCAUCUUCAUUCUACUGGAUAUAGUUUAUCUGAUGUCGGUAUGUUUUAAUAUGACUCUAUUUCUGCAUGAUCAAAGUCGACUUUGAUCAUGCUCCCGUUCUGUGGGUCCAGGUGAAAUACAGAAACUAGCUGCUGCUGAGCUGUGUGAGUGAACAGGUGAUGACAUGAGCUUGGGCGCUAACUUUAUUAUCCAGCACAGUGUCGUGUUCGUAACUGAGCUGCCCAGCAUUCAUGUUGUUGUGUGUGUUCAUGUGUUAAGACACUGUGGUCCACUCAGCCAUGAGUCAGUGUGGAGACACAGAGGAGGGGGGCACACCAUCUAAACAUGCCAAGAGCAUGGAAGCCUGCCUGGGCAAUGAAGCUACGGGGAUGCCGAAGCAGUUAGCAGGCUCUCCUCUGUCCAGCUCUAUGUCCAUGAAAAGUGACUGGUCUAUGGACCCACCUUUAAAUUUCAAAGAAGGGAACCUCUCUGUUGACAAAAGAGUCAGGCAACAAAAGUCUGAGGUUCAUAGCUGUCAGUCUGCUCAGCAGCAUCAAACAACGUUGGACUCAGUUUUUAUGCUGCUUGAAGAGAACAUCAUCACUUUUGUGAAGAAUGAGCUUAAAAGGUUUCAGAGGAUUCUGCAGAGUUCCACCUGCCCAGAGAAGGACAGCGAGGAUGAGGAUGUGUUAGCUUCUAAGGCUGAAGAGCAGACAUGGAGCACCAGGGAGGCUUUUGUGAAGAUCACACUGGACUUUCUGAGGGGGAUGAACCAGGAGGAGCUGGCUGUCUGUUUGCAGAGCAGAGUGGGUGCAUCCAUUUGCCAGGAUAAACUCAAAUUAAAUCUUAGAAGGAAGUUCCAGCAUUUGUUUGAGGGAAUUACUAAAGUAGGAAACCCAACACCUCUCAAUCAGAUCUACACAGAGCUGUACAUCACAGAGGGAGGGACCGGAGAGGUCAGUGACGAACAUGAGGUCAGACAGAUCGAAACAGCAUCUAGACGACGUGCGAGGUUAGAAAAGACAAUCGCCUGUAAAGACAUAUUUCAGCCGCUGCUGGGAAGAGAUCAACCAGUCAGAACAGUGCUGACAAAGGGAGUGGCUGGUAUUGGGAAAACGAUAUUAACACAAAAGUUCACUCUAGACUGGGCAGAAGGCAAAAACAACCAAGAUAUCCAGUUUACAUUUCCAUUCACUUUCAGGGAGCUAAAUGGAUUAAAGGAGGAAAAGUUCAGCUUGGUAGAACUCGUUCAUCUCUUCUUCUCUGAAACAAAGGAUGCAGAAUUUUGCAGAUUUGAAGACUUCCAGGUUGUGUUUAUCUUUGACGGUCUAGAUGAGUGUCGCCUUCCUCUGGACUUUCAAAAUAAUAAGAUCCUAACUAAUGUCACAGAGUCCACCUCAGUGGAUGCACUGCUGACAAACCUUAUCAGAGGAAAACUCCUUCCAUCUGCUCAACUCUGGAUAACCACGCGGCCUGCAAUGGCCAGUCAUAUUGAUCCUAAAUGUGUUGACGUAAUAACAGAAAUCAGAGGGUUCACUGACUCGAAGAAGGAGGAGUACUUCAGGAAGAGUUUCAGGAAUGAAAAGCAGGCCAGCAGGAUCAUUUCCCACAUUAAAGCAUCACAAAGCCUCCACAUCAUGUGCCACAUCCCAGUCUUCUGCUGGAUCACUGCUACGGUUCUGGAGGAUGUGCUGAAAACCAAGAAGGGAGGAGAGCUGCCCAAGAACUUGACAGAGCUGUACAUCCACUUCCUGGUGGUUCAGGCCAAAAUGAAAAAGGUCAAGUAUGAUGGAGGAGCUGAGACAGAUCCACACUGGAGUCCAGAGAGCAGGAAGAUGAUUGAAUCUCUGGGAAAACUGGCUUUUGAUCAGCUGCAGAAAGGAAACCUGAUCUUCUAUGAAUCAGACCUGACAGAGUGUGGCAUCGAUAUCAGAGCAGCCUCAGUGUACUCAGGAGUGUUCACACAGAUCUUUAAAGAGGAGCGAGGACUGUACCAGGACAAGGUGUUCUGCUUCGUCCAUUUGAGUGUUCAGGAGUUUCUGGCUGCUCUUCACGUCCAUCUGACCUUCAUCAACUCUGGAAUCAACCUGCUGGAAGAGGAGCAAACAACCACUCAGAUGUCAAAGCCUAAUCAAUAUGAACUGAAACUCUUCUACCAGAGUGCCGUGGAACAGGCCUUACAAAGUCCAAAUGGUUACUUGGACUUGUUUCUACGUUUCCUUUUGGGUUUGUCACUGCAGUCCAAUCAGACUCUCCUACAAGGACUACUCAAAGAGACAGGCGUAAACUCACAGAUAAACCAGGAAGUAGCCAAGUACAUCAGGGAGAACAUUGGGGAGAAUCUGUCCCCAGAGAGAAGCAUUAACCUGUUCCACUGUCUGAAUGAGCUGAACGACCACUCUCUAGUGGAAAGGAUCCAACAGUCGUUGACAUCAGGAAAUCUUUUCACGGUUAAACUAUCCCCUGCUCAGUGGUCUGCUUUGGUCUUCAUCUUACUGUCUUCAGAAAAAGAUUUGAAUGAGUUUGACCUGAGGAAGUACUCUGCUUCUGAAGAAGGUCUUAUGUGGCUGCUUCCAGUGGUCAAAGCUUCCAGUAAAUCUCUGAUGAUUGGAUGUAACCUUUUGAGCAGAAGCUGUAAAGCACUGUCCUCUGUUCUUAGCAAGUCCUCUAGUUUAAAAGAGCUGGACCUGAGUUACAACAACAUGCAUGAUUCAGGCAUAAGGACAAUGUUUGCAGAUCUGGAGAAAAACUUUAAACUUGAGGUUCUCAGGCUAAAUGGCUGCGAGCUUUCAUGGAGAAGCUGUAAAACUCUCUCCAGAGUUCUCAGCAGUCAGUCCUCUACUCUGGAAGUGCUGGAUCUAAAUAAUAAUGAGUUGACGGAUUUAGCAGUCACGUAUCUCUUCACGCCACUUGAGAGUCAACUGUGUACACUGAAGAUUGUCAGGCUGGGUGGCUGUAGCCUGUCGAAUGAAAGCUGUGAAGCUCUUGCUUCAGUCCUCAGUUGCCAGUCAUUCAGUAUGAUAGAGCUGGACCUGAACAAUAAUGACCUGCAGGACUCAGGAGUGGCGCUGCUGUCUUGUGGAUAGAAGAGUCCUCAGUGCAAACUUGAAACUCUCAGCUUGUCAGGUUGUCUGAUAACAAAGAAGGGUUGUGCUUCGUUGAGCUCAGCACUGAGUUCAAACCCUUCUCAUCUAAGAAAGCUGGAUCUGAGUUAUAAUCACCCAGGACCCACAGGAGUGACGCUCUUCUCUGCUGCACUGCAGGAUCCACACUGCAGAUUGGACUCU